AUGCCAGAAGGGGACGAAUACUCGCUGCUGACAUACACGAUGUUGGAUACGCCCUCGUGCAUAUAUGCGGCCGGAAUGGGAUGUAUUUUUUUCGGCUAUGGUGGGCAGUCGAGGUCUAGCGCUGCUAAUCCGGACUUAACAUGCACACAAAUACAUACGAAUGGCCGAAUACAAUUGACCAAAGCGGAAAGACAACAAAGUUUCGAUCAAAUUCCGGAAGCCUUAUUUUCAAUCAGCAGGAACUUAAUAAAGAGGAUCUCCCAAAUCUGUUCAGAUCUUUUGAGAGUAUCAGAAUAUAGAUUGAUAUACAAUUUGAAUUGUGGUUUCUUGAAUGUGCUCGCGUCGGACGGCAUUUUGUUGGAAUGUGUGAAUCUCGUCAAUGUACUUGCAUCCGUGUCUAUACCGGACGCAAACUCUCCGCGGUCGCCUAAGCAGGAUCUUGCAUUUCAGAAGGCGUAUGCAUACUGCAUGGCUCUUACCGAGAGCUUUUGCACAUUGAGCAUCCCGGCACGGAACUCUUUCUACGAACAACUUGGAAAAUUUAUUUCCACUGAAUCCCACUAUAAAUUCAAACAUUGCCGCUAUCUCCAAGAGAAAUUUCUUAAUCAGUACGCGCGCAUGCUUCACCUAUUUCUCUACUUUGCCGCUUCUCUAGUGGGUGUCGUUUCCGCGACUUCUGGAUGCACCCCUACUGAGGUAGGCGCUGAAGGUUUUGACGCCAGAUUCUACACUUAUGGGCUUAGAGAUAACAAAGGCUGGGACGAAGACUUCUUUAGCUCCACCUACAAGACCACUCUUUUGAAAACUGUAACGGGUGUCACAAGCAUCAAUUUCCAGUACUCGGAUCAACCUGACAGGGUCUUAUUGCGCAACACCAUUUAUGGAUACGACACGACCAUUUCUAACUACACGCUCGAAUUGAGCGGUUUUUACAAAGCCGCAGAAUCAGGUACUUACUCUUUCAAAUUGGCUGCAGACAAUGGUGCUUCUUUGCAAUUUGGUUCCGGUCAAUCAUGCUGUAAUGAUGCUUCUGGUAGUGUGAGUGGUGAUUUCAAUAUUAAUACUUUGGGCCCAUACGGAGGUGGAGGAAACACGGCGGUUAAUGUUAACACCGCCUCUUUCACUCUUACCAAAGGCAUUUACUAUCCGGUCAAAAUCGUCAUGUUUAACUGGCUGGGAAAUACGGGUAUUGACUUGCAAGUAACUGACCCCUCUGGAGACACGAUUACGGAUUUUGGAUCCCAGGUUUUCCAGGCCACAUUCGCUAACAGCAAAUGUUACACUACUGUGACUUCGGUUUGGUCCAAGACUUUUACUUCCACGACCACUGAGACCGGAAAGCUGACAGAUACUGUUGUGGUAGAGGUCCCAAAAAAGACCACCACGAUCACUAGCACUUGGACCAACAGUUUUGAGUCAACUACCACUGCUAUUGGUAAACUGACUGACACUGUUAUUGUCGAGGUUCCUCACGUGACAACCACUGUGACUAGCAUCUGGAACAAAAACUACGCCACCACUACCACUGCUACUGGUAAGCUGACUGACACUGUUAUUGUUGAGAUUCCACACGAGACUGUCACUGUUACUAGCACUUGGACUGAGAACUAUGCUACGACUUCUACUGUGACUGGUUCCUUGACUGACACUGUUGUUGUGGAUGUGCCAAAGACUACUGUGGGAAAGACCAGAACGACUUCCACUGCCACUGGAUCUUUGACUGACACUGUUGUUGUUGGUGUUCCUCACGAGACUGUCACUGUGACCAGCACUUGGACUAAGAACUACGCCACGACUACUACUGUGACUGGUUCCUUGACUGACACUGUUGUUGUGGAUGUGCCAAAGACUACUGUGGCUGUCGAGUCUUCUUCUGUUGCGCCUUCGUCGGUUGUGAUUGAAAGCUCAAGCACCGUUCCAGCUGUCGAGUCUUCUUCUGUUGCGACCUCGUCGGUUGUGAUUGAAAGCUCAAGCACUGUUCCAGCUGUCAAGUCUUCAUCCGCCAUGCAUUCUAGCUCCUCUAUCAUGCCCUACAGUUCCGGAGGUUGGAACAUGUCUUACACUGUUCACACGCUGUCAUCUCUCCUAGAGACUGACGUUCGUUCCUCAAUCGACUACACGACUACCUUGACCGGUGCUUCUUCGGUCAACUCUGCUGCUCCAUCGACUUCUGUCGUUGUGGCUGAGUCCUCUGCUGCUCCAUCGACUUCUGUCGUUGUGGCUGAAUCCUCUGCUGCUCCGUCGACUUCUGUCGUUGUGGCUGAAUCCUCUGCUGCUCCAUCGACUUCUGCUGUCGAGACCGAGUCCUCUGCUGCUCCAUCGACUUCUGUUGUCGAGACCGAGUCGGGUAAGAAUAAGGUCCCAGUUUUCACCCAGACUAUCUACGAGACCAAGCCAGGCGAGACUGAGGUUGCUGUUUCCACCUACACCGUCUACGGAACUGAGUCUGGUGAGACUGAGGUCGCUGUUUCAACUGCCACCGUCUACGAGACCAAGUCUUUUGAAACUUCAUCCUUGUCUGCUGAGAUCGAAUCAUCAACUGAAUCUGUGUACUGCUACAGGGGCGUUUGUGUGACCAGCAAUGCCGAGGAGGCUCAAGCAUUGACGUCUACGGUUCCUGUUCUCUCUGCUGCAUCGACAACCAGCAUUGCCGUGGUAUCAUCUUCGACCAGUACCACAGCUGUUCCCCAGCCAUCUCAGAUCACCAUUUUGGAAGGCGGUGCUUCAAAGAAGACCGCUCUCCUGUUCAUGAUCGCCUUUCCUGUCUUCGCCCUCUUGUUUUGA